AUGGAUUUAGUUGAAAGUGAAUUUGUUUCAGUAGAGGAAGUAACGAUGCGAAAACGUCGUUCAAAAUUUGGUAUUUGUUUAGAAUGUCAUCAACCGAGAACAGGUGAUAGCUGGUGUCAACCAUGUAAUGCUAGACGACUAGCAGCCAUAUCUGAGUUGUUACAGUGGAUUGAUUAUAGUCGUUUAGAUGGAAUACAGAAAAUUGGUGCUGGCGGAUAUGGAACCGUUUAUAAAGCUACGUGGAAUGCUGGUCGAGGAUCAAAUUUAGUGGCAGUUCAACAUCGAUGGCAACAUGAAUCACGAUUAAUUGUGGUCGCUUUAAAAACUUUACUUAAUUCGGAAAGUAAUGAGGAAUUAAUGCACGAGUCAAAACUGAUACUUCAAUCGAUCAAAGUACAUUUAAGAGCAUUUCAAUGUCAUGGCGUCACAAGAAAUCCAACAACAAAACAAUAUAUGAUGGUAGUUCAGUAUGUAUCACAAGUGCCGACAGGCGAAUUAAAAAAUUAUUUAAAUCGAGGAUUCCAAGAUUUACGGUGGAGAAACCGGAUCGUUAAUUUAUUAUAUAUUGCUUCCGACUUAAAAGUUUUGCAUCAAGUUGGAUUAGUUCAUGGUGACUUAAAUUCCGGUAAUUUAUUAGUUCACGGAACAGCGUUAAAUGGAAUACGAGGAACACGGCAGCCAUCUAAAGCAAAUUCGCCGCCUUUAUCGAAUGGGAAAAGAGAAGUUCGCGAUUUACAGAAUGGAAAUGUGGAUUCCGAGAUAUUUAUUCAGUUUGAAGAAGCGGAACUCAAACGACAAGAAGCUGCACGAAAAUUCCCGAAGCCUCCGAAGAAACCAACACAUCCUUUGGCUGUUUAUCACAGCCGAUUACUUUCUGUAGUUUCAAUUUCUGAAAAUGGCAAAAAGAAUGGAAGAGCAGAAACAGUUUAUUUCGACGCUGAGCCAAGCGAGGAACCUGAAUUUAUUAACCAAGACCUUGCGCUUAAACAUCUUGUUCCCGCCAAAAGUCUACCUCGCCCUGCAACUAUAUAUCAAAGACGAAGUCUUCCAAAUUUUGCAGCAUCUAGUAUUGUAAGUCGACUAAGUGCUCGUAAAAGCACUUCAAAUAUUAGCAGCAAAACCACCAGGAUGAGCAAUCGUAUGGCUACUAUUUACUUUGAUGCUGAAUUAGCUGAAGAUGAGGAACUUGUUCCCACCCGACCCCGCUCUAAAUGGAAACAACCAGGCGAAGGUGAUGUACCACCACUGCCACCUUUGCCACCACUUAUUGUGCAAACUUCAAAUGGUUCAUUGGACAAAACUGAUAGUAAUGCAUCGACAGUUUCUUCGCCACAAAGCGAAAAUUUACCUACACCUAUAGAGUGUCCAAGUUCUCCACGAGGAGAGGAUGCCAUCACUUGCAAAGGAAAAGAAAGUGACUAUGCUAAACAAUUUAACUCGGAAUCAACAACAGCAACACAAUCAGCACAAAAAGAUAACAAAGAGGUGGACCUUAUUCAUAAAGAUGAUAAUAAUGCUGAAGCUGAACUCAUUACUAAAGAUAAUGAAGAUGUUGACAUUAUUAAAGAUAGUAAAGAUGUUGACCUUAUCAAUGAAGAUGUCGAUCUUGUUAGUAAAGAUAAUAAAAACGUCGACCUUAUUAAUAAAGAUAAUAAAGACGUCGAUCUUAUUAGCAAAGAUAAUAAAGAUGCUGAACCAACAGCGACAGUGGCAACACAAAUGACACAAUCCGCAGAGAACGUGCAAUCCGCACAAUCCACUGAAACAACAGUCCGACCAAGGAAAAGUAAAGAAAAUGAACGACCAAUAUCAAAAAGAUCAUAUCAAUCCCGGAUUUCAAGGGCUAGCAGCAGAUUAGUUAGUGACAGAAUAGCUAGAAACACAAUUGUUAGCGGCAGAAUGUUUAACGACAAGAUUAUUAACGAUAAAAUAGUUAACAACCCAAUUGUCAACGAUAAAAUAGUUAACGACAGCCCUAGUGAAGAUUCAGAAUGGGUUAAAGAGGUUGUAUUAUCAAUGAAGACUCCACAUGACGAAGACAAGAGUGCAAUUUCAAACUCUUCACAACCAAAGACUGAUAUAGUAAAAAGUAGCGCUGUAUCCAAAGUUUCAGUUGAACCACCGAAACUAUUGGAUAUUCCACCGGGUUUGCAGAAUCAAGGAAGAUUCGAGAAAUCGGAGCACACAAUACAAAUACCGAAAAAACGAAGAUUCAAAUUUAUUCGACGAAUUUUCAAAAAACUUUCAUUAAGAUUGUUUAGAUGUGGCGCCAACAAAAAAGAUAUUUCUUUAGAGGAAUUUGAGGAAUGGUAG